CCGCAAGCAGAAAACAGAAGAAAUGUUUCCAAGUUAAUCCUUACCCAUUUCUCAGCCCUUAUAUAAAUACCCACGUAACAACUCGUCUCUUUGCUCUCCUUCACCUACAACUUCUACUCUUCUUCUGAAACCUUUUCGAAAAUCUUCAUAAAAAGAUUUCAAACCGUUGGAUCAAGAGACCAAGGGAUCAAUGGCUGACGUGGCGACAAAGGAGCGGAGGAUCCUCGUGGCCGUCGAUGAAGGCGAGGAGAGCGCCCACGCGCUCUCUUGGUGCAUAAAAAACGUCAUCAUGCAAAAUUCCAAGGAUACCCUUUUCUUGCUCUACGCCAAGCCCCCACGGGCAGUUUACACGGCCCUAGAUGGCACAGGAUAUUUGUUUUCUUCUGACAUAACGGCGGCUAUGGAGAGCUACACUAAUGACGUGGCGGACUGCGUGAUAGAGAAGGCCAAGAGAAUGUGCAAGGACCUUCACGAUGUUAAAGUGGAGACAAGAGUAGAGAAUGGUGAUCCAAGGGACGUGAUCUGCCAGAUGGUAGAGAAGCUUGGUGCUGACGUCUUGGUCAUGGGAAGCCACGGUUACGGUCUGAUCAAAAGGGCUUUUCUUGGGAGUGUCAGCAACCAUUGUGCACAGACUGUGAAAUGUCCCGUAUUGAUAGUGAAGAAGCCCAAAACAAAUGCUGAGAACAAAUGAUUUUCUUCCUCUUCUUCUUCUUCCCUUUUUUCUUUUUUCCAAUAAGAUGUAUGUGUAUUUUCUGAUGACCGUUCAGAUUUUUUGUGGUCUUUUUGUUUUUGUUUUUUGGGUAUAAACUUGCAUGUGUACAUACUGUACUACUGAGUGUAUGUUUUUCAUCAUAAAAAUUGAGAAAGCACGUGUACGCA